AUGCCAUCCUGGCGAUGCUUCCGAGCUCUUGGCAACCUCUAUGAGUACUUCCUGAAACGCAACGGGCGGAGGUUGACUGUGCUUGGAGCCACCAGUGGAGACACGGGUGGGGCCGCCAUCUACGGGAUGCGAGGGAAGGAAAAUGUGGAGUGUUUCAUUCUCUUCCCGGAAGGGCGUGUCUCUCACAUCCAGCAGCAGCAGAUGACCAGCGUGAUGGACGACAAUGUCCACUGCGUGGCCAUCAAAGGCACCUUUGACGACUGCCAAGAUAUCGUAAAGGACCUCUUUGCUGACCUGGAUUUUAAGAAGGAGUUCGGUCUUGGCGCGGUGAACUCGAUCAACUGGGCCCGCAUCAUGUUUCAGAUCACGUACUACUUCUACACCUACUACAAGCUCUUCCCGAACUGCGACGGUGAGAUGAGCUUCAGCGUGCCCACCGGCAACUUCGGAGACAUCUUGGCCGGGUACUAUGCCCGACGAAUGGGCCUGCCAGUGAAGCACCUCAUCGUUGCAACCAACUCCAACGACAUCCUGCACCGCUUCUUCACGUGCGGCAAGUACGACAAGUACCCUGUGAAGCAGACGAUGUCUCCGUCCAUGGACAUCGGCAUUAGCAGCAACUUCGAGCGAUACCUCUUCGACCUCUUCGGCAAAAAUGCCGAGAAGCUCUCCAAGGCUAUGCUGGACUUCAAGUCGUGCGGAAAGCUUCACGUGCAGGGUGAGGACCUUCAAAAGGCCCAGAAAGAUUUUGUGUCCGCCUGCGCGACAGAGCAGCAUCAGACGGACACCAUCAGGCAGUAUGAAACCAGCUUUGGCUACACCUUGUGUCCACACACUGCCUGCGGCGUCUCUGCCGCUGACCAGCUGAGGCAGAGUCUCAACUGGGCUUCUGUGCAGAAUCACAAGAUGGUGGUGCUGGCGACAGCCCACCCUGGCAAGUUUGCUGAUAGCGUGACCGCGGCAACUGGCACGCCGGUGAAGCUUCCGCCGGCAUUGGCAGCUUUGCAGUCCGCACCCACCCGGUUCCAGGUCUUGGGCAACUCCGCCAAAGCCGUGCGCACUGCCAUCGAGACUACGGUGAACGGACAGGUCAGUACCGGCGUUCUGGCCUCCUUGCUGCAUGUGCUGCGCAAGGCGCUCCCCUGCUGCUAA